AUGAGUCCAGCAACUGUUACAGACGCGGAUUCAUUUUCUGACCGAGAUCUCUUCCCAGACCCAGAUCUAAAAUCAUGGCAACAGGCCUUUUCUGCGAGACAUGAGAACAUAUGCCACGCGCCUUCGACCCCAGAUCCAGGUGGCAAGAUUUACAAAACCUUCAGCAGGUGCAACUUCAGCCGACUAGACAUAAUUAGGGGCCUCGAUCGACCCGUCGAUGCCUGGCUUGAUCCUAAAUUGACUAUUUCAGACUUAUUCUAUGACCGAAUCCGGUCCGCACUUGUGCUAGCAACACGGUUUUGCAAGUACACGUCUGAAUUCUUCAACAUCCUUUUAUUUGGGGACAUAGGAAAAGAUCUUUGUGAGGACGGGAAGAUCGUGUAUGACUAUCUCCAGAAAUUGAAGCACCGAUCUCGGACGUUCCCAGAUAUGAUGGACGACCUCCACAAUGUCCAGUUCUUCACUGGUUACCACCCGGAUAGCCGUACAGACGUAUAUGCAUCAACUUAUUUCGGGCUGAAUUCAAAAUUCGCGACAUUCUUCACCCACCUCCACUAUGACACAUUCGAAGAUGAUGUCAAGGACCUGAUGUUAGUCAGUCUCGCCAUCACUCUUGUGCAUGAGCUGGCCCAUGUAUGGUACGCUCUCCGGAGAAUGGAAAUCGCCCGAAAAGGCAAUCUUCCCCUGUGUAUCGCCAUGAGGAGAGAACCGUAUUUCUACGGGACUGAGAGAGUGCCCGAGUUGGGAUCGUCUUGGGAAUUAUUUGCCUUCAACGGCAUGCCCCAUCUAAACUGUUCGGAUGACGUACCUUAUGCGGAGGCGAAGGGCCUCCUCUUAGUCCCCAGGAGAGCAAGCAGUGACAAAGCGAACGAGGUUGUUGUGGAUUCAUAUGUUGUGAGCGCUUUUCUCAACCAAGAAUGCUGGGACAUGCUCGACACAUUGCUUAUUGGAGAUCUUUGUAUCCGGUAUAAGCCCGUCAUUGGCAAAGGCCUCUUGGAGAGAAUGCAGACGGCUGUCACCAUGAUCUGUUUUACAAUCGAACAUGGUCGUCUGCCUUCCCUAGAAGAGGUAGCCAAAGAAAAAGACAUGAUGUUGCCACAUUCAGCGAAAGGACAACAGUUGGCGAAGGCGGGUCUCCCAGAUUUAGUACCUCUCACGUCGACAUUGCCGACGGUCGCUGAGAUAACCAAGAUUACCAAUAUGAUGAAAGUGGGGUUGCACAUCUCAGCUCUAGAGUUUCCUACGACCGCCAAAGAGGAACAUACAAACUAUGCUCCCCAGUGGGCACUUUGCCAGGCAAAAGCGAAAUCAGACCCUACAUAUCUCGCUGACAGGGCGGCCAACAAGAAGAGAAUCGAAAGGCACAACGCAGACGAGACUGUUCAAGGAGCCAUUACAAACCACCACUCCACUGCCGGAGACGCGAACAGGUAG